GACCACGAGUCCCUCGAGCGCGCCUACCCCUCCAUGGGGCACCUCGAGUACGUGCUGGCCGGCUCCUCGCCGCCGGCCGAGAGCGCACCCAAUAUGUACGACAGCUUCGAGGAGCCACCUCUGGACCUGACCGCGCACAUCUGUGCCGACUCACUGCGUCAGAGCGCCCACGAGCAAAUGCGAGCCGUCGGCGGGCGGUUGCGCCUCCUUGAUGAGCUCGAGAGUGGAGUCAUUCCAGCUGACGCGACGACUGACGCCUUCGCGACCGCCACCGAUGCCGAAAAGAACGUCUGCUUAUUUUGGACCGCGUUUUUGAAACUCGCCAACUUGCUACCACCGCUGAUUGAGGUUGGGGCGGACCCCCUGUACUACGACUCUCUGGGCCUGUCUCCGCUGCACGUGGCCGCGUUCAGUGGUUCCGUAGAAUGCGCCAGUUAUCUGCUGUCGUGCGGCGCGGACCCUAAUUAUAUGCCCCGGUGUUUUGCGCCGCUUCACUGUGCCGCAUUCGGUAACUCGGUACAAGUGGCUAAUUUGCUAAUAGCUCGCGGUGCGUCCGUGCACGCGGCUGUAAAGUACAUCAAUUGCGAAGGAGGUCUCCUUCACUGUGCGGUGCGAGCUAAUUCCGCGGAGUGCCUCAAAUUGUUUAUAUCGCACGGAGUUGACGUGAACUUGAUCGAGCCGGGCGGUACUAAUGCCAUUCACCUCGCCGCUGAUUUGGGCGUUAAACAGUGUCUUAUAAUAUUGCUUGACACGCCCGGAGCCGACCCUAAUGUUAGAACAAGAGUAGGGGACAGAGAAUCCACCGCUUUGCAUUUAGCCGCCGACGGUGGCUUUGUUGAGUGUGUCGAUUUGUUACUCAGCAAAGGUGCAGAUGCGAGUUUGAAGAAUCAUAGGGGGUUCACAGCGUUACAUUUGGCAGCUCGGUCUGCGAGUUUAGAAUGCGUGGAAUCCUUACUCCGGAAAGGCAAUGCCGACCCCAACGCUAUGGAUUUUGAUAAACGAACACCGCUACAUGCAGCUAUCGGAAAAUCGGAUUCCGCUUGUGAUAUCAUCGAAACCUUAAUCAGUUGGGGCGCCAACGUAAACCAAAAAGAUGAAUACGGAUUUACUCCACUGCACCUAGCCGCACUUGACGGACUGUCGGCCUGCGUGGAGACCUUGAUAUAUCACGGUGCUGACGUCACAACGAGAUCUAAGAAGGGAAACUCGGCCCUUAAUGUAAUCGCUAGAAAAACGCCCGCUUCACUCGCGAUGGUAACUAGAAAAUUGGACUGCGCCAUUACUCUACAUCACUCGCAGUCGAGCAAUAGAGAAGUUGAAUUGGAGCUUGAUUUUCGUAGCAUAUUGCAGCAUUGUUAUCCGCGAGAGAUCAGCUAUUUGAAUACGUUCGUCGACGAAGGCCAAAAAGAAGUCCUACUUCACCCACUGUGCUCGGCCUUUCUGUACAUUAAAUGGGAGAAAAUACGUAAAUAUUAUGUGGCAAGGUUAUUUUUGAGUUUUAUUUUUGUUUUAUGCCUCACAUUGUAUGUAUUAACAGCACUCGCGCACAAUUGUUAUAACGGUAGCAAGGACAUGGAGGAGACAAUACAAGAGCAGGAGUUGUGUCAAAAGCAAUCCAUCCUUGGUGACCUAUUAAGGAAAAAUCCAUUCGUAAUUGAAAUGCAAUGGUGGGUUCUAGCCGGGAUAACGAUAUUUGAGAUAUUUAGGAAGGUAUACGGGAUCGCUGGAUAUUCGACCGUCAAACAGUAUUUGAUGCAAUCGGAGAACAUUAUUGAGUGGUUCGUGAUCAUUAGUGUUUUCCUAAUUUCGUAUAUAUACACAAACAUCACGUAUACAUGGCAGAACCACGUCGGCGCUUUCGCGGUGCUCGCUGGGUGGACGAACCUCAUGAUGAUGAUCGGACAGCUACCCGUUUUCGGCACCUACGUCGCGAUGUACCAAAAAGUACAAAAGGAAUUUGCCAAAUUGCUUAUGGCCUAUUCGUGUAUCCUAAUCGGUUUCACGAUAAGUUUCUGCGUUAUCUUCCCGGACUCGUCCUCGUUUGCGAAUCCGUUUAUGGGCUUCAUAACCGUCUUGACAAUGAUGAUCGGGGAGCUAAAUUUAGAUUUACUACUCAACGAGCCAGAUGGAAACGACCCUCCUGUCUUGCUCGAGUUUUCUGCGCAGAUAACCUACGUGUUAUUCCUAAUGUUUGUUACGGUCGUAUUGAUGAAUUUACUGGUCGGCAUAGCGGUCCACGAUAUUCAGGGUUUGAGGAAAACCGCUGGCCUUUCAAAGCUGGUUCGACAAACCAAACUGAUAUCUUACAUGGAAUUGGCGUUGUUCAAUGGAUAUUUACCGAAAUGUCUACUAAAGAUACUACAUUCUUCAGCUUUGGUUUCGCCCCAGGCCUACAGGGUUGUGCUAAGCGUCAAACCGUUGAACCCAAGCGAGAAGAGACUGCCUAGGGACAUAAUGAUGGCCGCUUACGACAUAGCAAAGAUGCGGAAGCAAUACGGACACACUAUAUCAUCGAGCGGUUCGACAACGGGCGCCUAUUCAUGCUUCAAAAAGUACGAGAGCAAUAACGACUCCGGGUACCGAGAAUACGGUUACUCAGGACUCGGAAGCAUCCACGCCAGACUCGACGAGACAUCGGAACACGUCAGACAAUUGACACAGGAAGUCAAGGAAUUGAAGAAGCUAAUAAACGCGCAGCAACUUGUCAUUCAGCAAGCGCUGGUCGGCGCGAUGGACCGUCCGUGACAUAAUUGUCUGUCAUUCCGUUUCAAUGCCAGUAUACAAGUCAACAAACUGUAUUGUAGACUCGCGCUAUCUAUUCGUUCGAGUUUCGGACUUAAAUAAGAACGGUGAUAUUUUUUGCGUGUUAGUAUUUUUUAUAGAUGUAAUUAACUGUGAUUUGGGUGUAUAAUAGGUUAGAAUUAGGUACAUUGUGAUAUGAAUAUUCAUGGCGCUAAUGCGAGUAUUUAUAUAUGUGGUUUGCAAAUAAAUUUUACCAAAUUA